AUGUCUCUCGCCACAUUGCAGAUUGUGUCUGACUUACAUUUGGAGACACAUAAGUCAUAUAAAUUCAACAUAAAACAAACAGCUCUUUAUCUAGGCCUUCUUGGUGACAUUGGCAAUGUUACAGAUGAUGGGUUUUUCGAGUUUAUCAAGAAACAACUCACUCGGUAUUGGACCGUCUUCCUUCUUAUGGGCAAUCAUGAACCGAUAGGAACCAGCUGGUCAUUGGCGAAACGCCGAGUCCGUGCCUUCGCGGACCAGAUGGAGCAAUUAAGGGCACAAUCCACAAUCGGCAGAUUCGUCUUUCUCGAUCAAACGCGGUACGACCUAAACGACACGGUGACCGUAUUAGGCUGCACGUUGUUCUCGGAAGUCAGUGUUGAACAAACUGCAGCUGUUAAGAGCCGGUUAGUCGACUUCAGACAGAUCCAAGACUGGAAAGUUGAGGAUCAUGUAGAAGCUCAUAAGUCAGAUCUCCAGUGGCUCAACGCGCAGGUGUGCGAUAUAGCCAAAGAAGAGCCUGGGAGACAGAUAAUUGUAUUUACCCAUCACAGCCCAACCCAAGAUGAUAGGGCUGUAAGCCCAGAACAUAGGGAUAGUCCUGUGUCGUCAGGCUUUGCCACCGAUUUAAGCAAUGAGGACUGCUGGAAGAACCCUUCUGUUAUUCUUUGGGGUUUUGGCCAUACUCACUACCAGUGUGAUUUUACAGACGAUCUUGGAAAACGAGUUGUAGCAAACCAAAAAGGUACUUCUCAGAUCCCCUGUGACGGAUUUGAUGAUGGGAAACCCUUCUUGGUUGGCAAGUGGUCCCCAAGGAAACGUCAGGAUUAA